UACAGCACACGCAUGCACCAUCACACACAUUCACAAACACACUCUGAACUUUUAGCACAAACUGAAGUCAACGUCCUGACCAGGUACCAACGCUGGCGGAGGGCUGUGGAGCAACUCUGAACAGGCUGAAUACUCAGGACACUGUUGCUUCAGCCAGAACAGAAAACUUGCACCACGAUGGAAACUGUGCAGGAGCGCAAGCCAAAAAGGCCUCACUACAUUCCCCGACCGCCAGGCAAGCCCUUUAAGUACCAAUGUUUCCAGUGUCCUUUCACCUGCAAUGAAAAGUCCCACCUCUUCAACCACAUGAAAUACAACUUGUGUAAAAACUCCAUCUCUCUUAUGUCACAAAGAAACGGGCAAACAGCCCGACAGCUCAAGGCUUUAGCAAAGGGGGUCCCUGUCAAAUCUACAGAUUGUCCAAGCCCUCCGCCGGCCAUUCUGAACAACAGACCUGAGGAACAGGGCGAUGAGGAGAACAAAGCUGAGAGCAGAGAUGACACCGAAGAAGUAGACGUUGGGUGUGACAGUCCAGUCAAUAAGGACAGCCAGAGUGUGACAAAAUCAAAUACAGUAACAGACAGAGAGAACAUGGAGAGCAAUCAGGCCAAAUCUCUGCCGCGCCCAUCUGCCUUCUACCCUGUCACACCCAAAAAUGACGGAACAGAAGCCUUUAAGUCAUCUGUGCAGCAGUCAGAGGAUAUGCAAGCACCUGUUCCUACUUUCAACCACCCAGGCUUGCCAUGGGGCACGAUUUCAUCAUCCAUUCCCUUAAAACCGUUCCCCCCUCGCAUGGUUCCUGAAUACUCUCCUUAUCUCCUGCCUGACCGAGCCCUGUAUCCACCGUAUUACCUCCCCGGAAACCACCAUGAAAAUAGGCCGAACUCUCCUUCUUUCCACACAGAGUUCAUGGAUCCACAGAGGCCUGUGGUACCACAACCCAUUGCCCCACCGCCCACUUCCCUCUUUCCCCCAUACCCAUACAGAUACUGCCACCCGAUUCACCCAGGGCUCCCUCUGCAUUAUGCCCUGUACAGACCACACGAGCUCUCCAUGCCAUUAACAGGACCCAGAUUUCUUCCUUUGGAUUUGUAUGGCCCGACCCUUGGGUCUAAGGAUUAUGACUUGCACAUACAUCCACGUCCCAGUCACAACAGCCUCAACACAUCUACACAAGAGGAGAGCAAUGAGAGCAAUGAGAGCAAUGAGAGCAAUGACGGGCAAGGAGACAAGGAAACUAGGCUAAGCCCUAAGGAGGGCUGUUCGGCCCUGGGGUCCCCUGACAGACCCAGUCAUGCACACAUCAUCCAGAGAGGCACAGAGGCCGAGCACUACACCAACAAAGCUGAAUCAGACACAACCUUCCAUCGAGAACACACAACUACAGCCUCGCAACCCAUCAAAACUGACUUAAGACAAGAGGAGUACGCAGAGAGCCUACUGCAGUUGAGAACUCUGCAUGUGGAUGGAGGAUCAGCUGGGAGUAACAGAUAUAAGUCUACGUCUGUCUCUGAGCCAACUCCUGAAACCACAUUAGAACAAGAUAAUGAGGACAACAGAGAAGACCUGGCCCCCCUCAACCUCUCAACAAAAAACCAGGACAAAGAAAAAAAUCUAUCUGAAUACAGACCGAGGUGCUCAGAUACAGAGACAUUCAAUGGGCAAGAGUUGCCUCUGAACCUCAGCCUGCGGGCUUCUUAUAGCAGCCCUGUACACAGCUCUGCUCUGAACACUUCAGAAGAUCUUCAGCAGAGGCCAGACACUGAGCAGGAUGAAGAACCAUAUGACCAGAGGCAGACUGCAGCACUGGCACUGUGUCAGCUAGCCAUUGCAAGUUCUGCUGCCUCUUCAUGUGACUUUGGCACUGCAAAAGGGCCCUCAGAGGAUUACACAGAUGCAAGAAGUCCUGUCUGUCCAGACAAGACAAAGCAAACAACCAACGCUAAGGGAAAGGGCAUGAAAAGAGCAAGCAGCUCAGGCCGGGCUGAAAGCAACUGCCAUAAACAAAAAAAGAGAGCAAAAGCUCCAGGGCGGCCUCUGAGGAAGAGGCCUCGCUGUUGCUAAUAACUAAACUCGGACUGUUAUUUGUAUUAUUUGGUAAUAAGGAUUGAAUAUCUCUGACCUUCACCACUGCAAGCUUUGAUGUGAUCACAUGAGCCCUUUGAACAACAAUGUUAAAAUAAUAAUUAAGUGCUAUAAGAUUUCAUUCUUCUAGCAAGGGCAGAUGUGACAUGUCUGUAGCACUGCCACAAGGUCAACUGUAAAAUCAAUCAAUAAAAAAAUAAAUGUAAAGACUUGUUAUCACAGGUAUGUGCAUACCGUGUCUUGUUCUCACACAUGAUUGGAAACUUUUAUAAGGUUCUUAAUAUUUAAGUACAGACCUGUUUUUUGUA